AUGUCUGUCAACUUGGAAGAAGCUCGUUCCUCCUUAAAACCCCCAAGAAGUAAGGACAGCAAGGCUGAAAGCAUUCAGGCGAGAACAAAAACCGGUACUCUAAUACAACAUUUUAACUCGGUGGACCCAACAGAAUUGGAGAGCCAUCUACCAAGCCAAAGUAUGUCCUCCCCCAUAGUCAAUGAAUCUCCUAGGAAGAAGACCCUUACUAGGAAUUCAGCGUCUGCCAAAAAAACAGAUAAAAAAGAAAAGAGUUUGUUCUCCAGAAUUAAAGAAGUGACUAGGAGCAACAGCAAGACAAACCUCAAAAGAGAAGCGUCCAAGUCCAACAUUUUUUCACUAGGCAAAAACAAAAACAAUAAUGAGGCACCCUCCAAAGUGGUGACACCAGAGCAAAAGAAAGUGUCUAGUGCAGAGGAAGACGAAAACUCCAAUGCCAACAAAGAACUGCUGUUUGAGCAUCCAAAAUGUCAAAUGUUGCUAUAUGAAGGAAAUAUUGACCGAAGGACACCUGGUAACGCAUCUGCCCGAAAAGGAAAAACAGUUGGUCAAGGAAAAUUCAAAAUUUACAAAAUGCUUAAGGAUGCACCAUACAUGAAGUGUGGUCAUGUUGUCUAUCCUUUACUGCCUAAACUAAGGAUCAUUAGAAUUGCCAUGAAUCAGUUUAUCUUCCCCAUUCACAAUCCCGAAAGAUAUAGACAAUUGGUCAUCAACAGUGAUGACGGAGAAGUGCUGGACAAGUUGGAACUGACUUUUUCUCAACUUUGCCAAUACUCUACUCUUUUUUUCCCUGUUCCUGCCUAUAGCGAGAAAUCUGAUGAUGAUAAUGACGCAACAGAGAUAAUAUACGAUAAUGAAGAGGAUGUGAACCUGAAUGUAUCUGGCGAUAUCAAAGAUUUUAACAUUAUCAAGAUCAGCUCAUCGACGCCUAAAAAGCUGGAGCGAGAUCUCUCAAUCAGUAGUGAUAUGGCGUGUUUAAGUGAACAAAAAGAUCAAAUAGAAAAGAGUCAAAUGAAAAGGGUACAAGAGUCCAAAGUAACCAAACUGAAUCAAGAAUAUUCAAAUUCUACUCUUUCAUCACUGGAAGAAGAAUUGAACAUGUUUGAAGGACAGCAGGCUCCAACUCUGACAACCAUUGGUGUUUCUCAACAGACAGCAGAAACUGCAACCUACGUUUCUGCAGCUUCGACACUGAAAAAGGACUCAUCUUUGGAAAAUAGCUUUACUGACACUGCUCAGCAAACUGAUCAACUUGACGAGUCUUCAAGAAUCCAAGAGCAAGACUCCACCACAAUGGACGAAUCCGUUGAUACAACAACUGGUUUUGAAUCUACAGUUCUCUCAUUCGACUCCUUAAAUGGAGAAAAAUUCUCAUCCACUCUCAGAGAUUAUUUGAGCUCUCAAAGAAGUGCUAGCACUAUCGUUUCUGCUGGUGAUUCUUCCGACGGACGCACACUCAGACAGUACGGGUCAACGCUCUCACUGGAUAAGACCUACGUUUACGACUUACUAAGGGGCAACCGUACCAAAGAAAUACUGGAUCUUCAAUUCAGCAGCCAUCCUUCCAUCAUUGGUAAGAUCUGGCAUUAA